AUGAAGGCUAUUAAAUUGACAGGUCACGAACGUCCAUUAACCCAGGUCAAAUUCAAUAAGGAAGGUGAUUUACUAUUUUCAUGUUCGAAAGAUAGUUCAGCCAGUGUUUGGUACUCGCUAAACGGUGAGAGAUUGGGUACUUUGGAUGGCCAUACCGGUACUAUCUGGUCUAUCGAUGUCGACCGCUUCACCAAGUACUGUGUUACAGGGAGUGCUGAUUAUAGUAUUAAAUUAUGGGAUGUAUCUACUGGUCAAAGUAUUGCCACAUGGAAAUCGCCUGUUCCUGUGAAGAGAGUAGAAUUUUCCCCAUGCGGUAACUUCUUCCUGGCUAUUUUGGACAACGUCAUGAAAAACCCAGGUUCCAUUAACAUAUACGAAAUCGAAAGGGACUCCACCACUCAUGAAAUGACAAAGGUCUCUGAAGAACCAAUCCAUAAGAUCACCACCCAUGAAGGCUUGGACGCUGCCACCGUGGCAGGAUGGUCCACUGAGGGCAAGUACAUCAUUGCGGGUCACAAAGAUGGUAAGGUCAGUAAAUACGAUGUGACUAACAACUACGAAUACGUGGAUUCCAUCGACUUGCACGAAAAGUCCAUCAGUGACAUGCAAUUCUCCCCCGACUUAACAUAUUUCAUCACAUCAUCCAGAGACACCAGCUCGUUCUUGGUCGACGUGUCCACCCUACAAGUCCUGAAGAAAUACGAAACGGAUUGUCCAUUAAACACCGCUGUCAUCACACCACUGAAGGAAUUUAUCAUUCUCGGCGGUGGUCAAGAAGCCAAGGAUGUCACCACCACCGGCGCCAACGAAGGUAAGUUCGAAGCCAGAUUCUACCACAAGAUCUUCGAAGAAGAGAUCGGCAGAGUGCAAGGCCAUUUCGGUCCCUUGAACACCGUCGCAGUCAGUCCACAGGGCACAAGUUACGCCUCCGGUGGGGAAGAUGGGUUCAUACGUCUACAUCACUUCGAAAAAUCGUACUUCGAUUUCAAAUACGAUGUAGAGAAGGCUGCCGAGGCCAAGGAACACAUGCAAGAAGCUAAUUGA